UACUGUGGAUUCUUGAACGCACGCCAAAAGAACGAAAUAAUAAUUUAUGUACACUCUUUUUUUACCUAAGUGGAUGUGCAUAUUUAGAUGGCCCUAUGCAAAAGGAGCAGGCUAUCAUACACAAAGUAGACAGCUUGUGUUUCAACGGAAUCAAUCAAUUUAACAUUUGCAAUUGUGAGUAUGGAUUUAUUUCAACCAACGCGUAGCUAAUGCAUUACGAAUGGCCUCCGCUCCGUGUCUGUACACGAUUCUGUUCUCCUGCAUCCCUUCGUCACAGAGUCAAGCCGGGGGUCGCUGACAGCUGAGCCGCAAUGGUGGAGAAGUCCGACCGGGCACCGCUACUGGACUGGGAGGAGGUUCCUCCCGCAGAGAAACCUGUUCCCACACCAGAACAGGAGAAGGACGUCAAGGGACCGAGCCCUGCCAACAAUCGGGCGUUGGGAUGCACUGCGCCGGGGAUAGGGUGGAGCACCAGUCCGAGGGGUCCUGGGUCUUUCACAUCAGCAGUCUGUAGCAUAGACACAUCCCUCUCAUCCAGGAGCACGGUCCCCACCCCUGCGGAAUGGGAUGCUCAGUGUCUUGACAAGGAUGACCAUACCCCGGCCCCAGGACAAGGAGAGGUGCCGCACGAUAUCAUGGUGAAAUGGGAGGAAAAGGAUCCGAUCGUGGCCGUGUUUGUGGUGACAUUUGAUACAAGAUCAGGUAACAUGUUAGAGUGGUGUCUGCCAGGGGACAUGAACCUGGAGGGAGUAGAGUUCAAGGCUAUGGCCAGCGGCUCCCACAGAGUCUCCAGCGACUUCAUAUACUUCCGUAAGGGCGGGUACUUUGGCCUGGCGUGCUUUGCCAACAUGGUGGUGGAGAGUGUGGUGGAGAGGGGGGCAAGAAUGAAGUCUGUGGGUAUCCUGUCAACCUCUUACACCCUGCUGUACCGAUACAUGAGCUUCCUGGAACACCAAGUCAGGCUCCAGUUGAAAACUCCUGGCCAGUACUCUCCCCUGGAGGCGUUCUUUGAGGAUAAGAGAUCAGUGCUGCCCCCCGAUGGGGAGAGUGUGGUUACUGCAUGUCCUGGCAGUGCCUGGGGAGCAGCAAUCAACCACUGCAUGCACCCUGAGAUGAAGAUCACCCACCCAGCUGGCUGCAUGUCUCAGUUCAUCCAGUUCUUUGGGGAGCAGAUCAUGGUCCUAUGGAAGUUAGCUCUGCUGAGGAGACGUAUCCUCAUCUUCUCUCCUCCACCUGUAGGGGUGGUCUGUUAUAGAGUGUACUGCUGCUGUUGCCUGGCCAACGUGUCCAUCCCGGGGGUGGGCGUGGCCGUGCCAGAGUUCCGCCCCUUCUUCUAUGUCAACGUGGCAGACAUCGAUACCCUGGAUACGGAACUGUCCUACGUAGCGUGCACCACAGAGAAGAUCUUUGAGGAGAAGCGGGACCUGUACGACGUCUAUGUGGAUAACCAGAAUGUGAGGACGACCAGAGAGAGUCUGAAGCCUUUACUGCGGCUCAACACUGCAGACCGAGAGAAGUACCGCAGACUCACUGAACAGAGGCAGAUGCUGUUAUAUUCUCAGGAGGAGAAUGGAGACUGUGUGUCCAGUGAAGAGGACCACUUCAUUCUGUUUUUCCUGGAGCAGAAUAACCGUAUCUUCCAGACGCUCAGUGAGGUGGCAGGGAGCCCUGAGCCCAUCCUAACCCAGGAGAGUGUGAGGGCCAUGGGGCUAGACCCUCACGGAGACAGGCUCUUCCUGCUCCACCUGCUGGAGACAUACGGCUAUGACAGCCUCCUGGUCACCGAUCACCCUUGCUGCAGCUGAGGCCUGGGUGGCACACUGACUGACAUACACACUCAGAUACACAGACUCAAUACAGACAGUCUGGAGUCUGGACUAUGAGAGGUCAGAAUACUUUGGCAAGGCUGAGACCAGAGCCUGUAUUCAUAAAGCGUCUCAGUAGUGCUGAUCUCAGAUCUGUUUAGCCUUUUAGAGCUCAUUGAAUAAGACUUACAUGGACAGGGGGGACCUGAUCCUAGAUCAGCAUUCCUGCUCAGAUGCUUUAUGAAUAUGGGAGACCCUCAGGCCAAAAAAAGCAAAUGAAUGGAGAGAGCCACUGAACAAGAAAAGACUAAUGGAAUUUGGUUCUUGGCACUGUCCUGUGACAUUCAUGGAUGCUUAGUCUGGACUGUUAACCAUCACCUUCCUGCCUGUCAAUAAAAUGUACAGUACAGAGGAAUGUCAUUCACGUCUAUCCCCAACCCCUCUUUUUCUGGAGGAGUGGAGCCAACCACAAACAUCCUGGAACUCUGGAGAUUCUGUGCCUAUGAGCAGGAACUUACCAAGGAAGUCAUGCUUAGGUUUCCUUAUGUUUUCAAAUGAGUCAAAUCUAAAGUCUGUGGUCAUGUCCUCAAACCGAGGGAGGAUUUGUCACUUCUCUUAAUAGGACGUCUAUGUUUUUUGAGAGAAGAAAUCGCCAAGCUUUUUGUCUGUAAAUAGAAAGGGAUCUGUAGAAUGUGUUUAAUUAUAAAAUGAUCCCAUUAAGUCACUGCUAAGUCCAGAACCUCUGUGGUCAGCAUUGUAUAGAAAUGGCCAUCAACACCAUCCAUAAUCAUUUGGUUUCUGGUGAAAGAGGGGUCUUGGCUCACCAGCACACUUUCUUAUGAUGUCCAACAUAGAAAUGUAACAACUUUAUAUGACUUUAAAAAUGUACCUUUAAAUCACCGCUGUUUGACCAAGAGGUUUUGGGCUCAAAUCUAAAUGUAUGCUUUUGUGUGUUUCCGCAGUUCUCUAUGUCAAAUACACAAAGAGUGAAAAAUGUGAAUGAGCUGCUGGCUCAAUGGUUAAAUCCCAUCCUUGACACCAAGAGGUUGUAAGUUCAAACCUAAUUUCCUAUACUAUCGUGUACGUUUCAGCAACUCGAUGUCAAACAUACAAAGAGUAUGGUAUAAAAUGUAAUGAAGGUGGUGGUGCAAUGGUUCAAUUACUGCCUUGAGACCAAGAGGUUCUAGCUUCAAACCUCGUCUACUUAGCUUUUGUGUACAUUUCCGCGACUUUAAUUGUCAAACAUACAAAGAGAAGUGUAAACAAUGUGAUGGUGGUGUAGUGGUUCUAUCUCUACCUCAACGCUUAGAGGUUGUGGGUUCAAAACAACAUUUUUCUGCUUUUGUGUGUGUUUCCGCAACUCUCGAUGUCAAACAUACGAAGGGAAUGGUAAAAACUACUGUCUCCAUUUCUGUUGAGGUUGAAAUUGUUUUGGGUUUGCGCCUCUGCAAUUGUGACUGUCAGAAAUACAAAGAAAAGCAUAUCUACAGUAAUGGACCAGUGGAGGCUGGUGAGGGGAGGACGGCUCAUAAUAAUGGAUGUAUUGAAGUUAAGGGAAUGGUAUCAAACACAUGGAAACUAUGUGUUUGAUACCAUUCCAUUUAUUCCGCUCCAGCCAUUACCACAAGCCCAUCCUCCCCAAUUAAGGUUCCACCAACCUCCUGUGAUGGAGACACUUUACGUCAAUGUUGGUAAACUGUGAAUGACUGAGGGUGGCAGGUAGCCUUGCGGUUAUGAGCGUUGGACCAGUAACCAAAUGGUCGCUGGUUUGAAGCCCAAUACCGAAUAAGUGAAAAAUCUGUCAAUGCCCUUGAGCAAGGCACUUAACCCUAAUUGCUCCUGUAAAUCGCUCUGAAUAAGAGUGUCUGCUAAAUUAUAAAAAACAUUUAAAUAAAAAUGUAAACAAAAUAA